AUGAUAAAGCCAUUCAGAGAGAUCCUACUAACUCAACUUAUUACAAUGAAAAAUGUAUAAAUUAAGAUAACAUAUUAUGUAGCAAUUGCCUUAAAAAAAGUAAAUCGUUUUCAUGAAGCACUAAAAUAUAACAAUUAUGCUAUCCAAAAAGAUCCUGAAAAUCCAGAUUAUUACAACAACAAAGCAAACACAUUAAUUGACUUAGAUAGGCCUCAUGAGGCGUUAACAUUUUUUGAUUAUGCUAUAAAAAAAAAUCCGUAAAAUGCUGGAUACUAUUAUAACAAAGCAAUUACUCUACAUGAAAUGAGUCGUCUAUGGGAGGCAUUAGAAUAUUAUGAUUUGGCAAUUUCGAAAGAUCAUAAUAAUGCAGAUUAUUACAAUAAUAAAGCAAGUGUUCUACAUGAAUUGAAUCGUUUAGACGAAGCAUUAAAAUGUUAUGAUUAAGCAAUAAAAAUAAAUCCAAAAUAUGCGGAUUAUUAUAACAAUAAAGCAAACACCUUAGCCUAAUUAAAAAGAUUUGAAGAAGCAUAAAAUCAUUAUGACAAAGCUCUUUCAAUUGAUCCCGAAAAUUCAGAAUAUUAUAAUAAUAAAGGUAUAACAGUUAUAAAUUAAUAAGCAAAUACUUUAUUUGAAUGCAAAGAGUAUGAAUAGGCAUUAAAAAAUGUGGUUGCUGCUAUUUAGAGAAAUCCAGAGAAAGAAAUAUAUUUUAAAGUUUAAGCAAACACUUUACAAAAAAUGAAUAGGUUUGAGGAAUCAUUAGAACAGUCUGAAUGCGCUAUUUAAAAAAAUCCAUAAAAUGGUGAUAAUUAUAGAUAAAAAGGAUUUGCAUUACAUUUAUUGAAUCGUUAUUAAGAAGCAUUAGAAUAUUAUGAUUAAGGAAUUGAAAAAAAUCCUGAAAACUCGGAGUAGUAUUAUUACAAAGCUUUCACUUUAUGUCAAAUGAACCGUUAUGAAGAGGCAUUAGAAAAUUGUGAUUAUUCUAUUUAAAAAAACCCUGAAUUUUAUGACCAUUAUUACAUUAAAGCAAGUAUUUAGCCCAUUUAAACCAACUUGAAAAAGCAUUAGAGCAUUUUGAUUUAGCUAUCAAAAUAAAUCCUUAACAUCCCGAUUUAUAUUAUUGUAAAGCUAUGGCUUUAUUUAAAUUGA